AUGGCCAGUCGUUCCGAUGCAAUUAUCGUAGCCGAUGAUGAGAGAUUACCAAACCCCGAGCCAGGUACCUCGCGACCUCAAAGGGGCCCUCGGCGCGAUUACAGUUACCCUGAUUUCGAGAGUAUGGUCGUUAAUGAUGAUGCGGCUGACACGGCGCCAUCACGCAAACGCAAAAGAACUGAAACGGAGGAGUCCUCUACUCUGGAUCGUGUUUUUAAGAAGCUCCGAAGAGCGCUUGACCAUGAUAUUCAACAGUUACGACAAAGCAACAUAGAACUUCGAGAGGAUAUUCGCUUGGAGAGGAAUAGGCGCCAAAAGACACAAGAGGAAUUUUCACAUCUAAGAAAAUUGGACUGCAAGAUCUGCUAUAUGCAGCCAGACCGUUGGGUGGCUUUGCUAUGUGGGCACAUGUUUUGCAAGUCAUGCGCAGACGACGUGUUUUGCAAGUCAUGCGCAGACGACCUUGCGACUCCAAAGAUAUGCCCUAUGUGUAGGGUAACCUACACUGGAUACGUCGAAUGCAAGCCAUUUGCAGGAUAA